AUGAAUAAUAAUGAUAACUCUAUUUUAUUUUUUAAAAUAUGGAGAAAUGUUGUAUUAAAUAAAUUAAUUUUCAAACAUUUAAUGAUGUAUAAUUUAGUUUCAUUUCCAGUUGAUUUAGAUUCAUCUUUACAACCAUUCAUAAAAAAUAAUAUACAAUAUGUUAAAUCAUUAUUUGUAAAAGUUGAUGAUAUUCAAAAAGAUGCAAAACAAUAUGAAAUAUAUGAAAUUGGUGAAAAAUUAAAUGAUUUACCAAAAGAUAUUGAAUCAAUAAUAUUAUAUCAAACAAAUUUUAUUAAUUAUAGUUUAUCAAAUUUAGAAUUACCAAAAUCACUUUAUAAAUUAAUAAUUCCAUUUAAUUUUAAUAUACCAUUAGAGGUUGGUUCAAAUAGAGUAUUUUCAAAUUUAACAAUAUUAGAGUUUGGUUCAAAUUUUAAUCAAAAAAUUGAUGUAAACAUUUUACCAAAUACAUUGAAAAAGUUAAAAUUUGGGAAAUAUUUUAAUCAAGAAUUAAAUGAGAAUGUUUUACCAAAAUAUUUAAAAACUAUUAUAUUUGGUUACUUUUUUGAUAAAUCAUUAGAUAAUUUACCUCAAUUAAUUAAAGAAAUUAAAUUUCCCUCAAAUUCACUUUUUAAUAAAUUAAUUAAUUCAAAUAAACUACCAUGGACAUUAAAGAAAUUAUCAUUACCAAGUAAAUUUAAUAUUUCUUUAAUUAAAGGUAUUUUACCAAAAAAACUUAAAAACCUUAAAAUUUCAAAUUUUGGUGUUCAAAUAAAUGAUAAUGAUAAUGAUAAUAUUAAAAACAAAUAUAAUGAAAAAUCAAAAUAUUUAAAAUUAAAAGUUUAUAAUAAAAAUGGUAAUUUAUCAUCAAAUGAUGAAAUAUUAAAAAUUUUAAAAUUAAAUUCAAAAAUUAUACCAUCAUCAGUUAAAAAUGUAACGAUAUUUUUUAAUACAUUUCAAGAUUCACUUCAAGGUUAUUAUUUAUCAUCACAAUUUAGUUCAAUAAAUUUAAAUUUAACAAAAUCAAAUCUAUUAAAAUAUUGGUUAUAUAAAGAAACUUCUAAAUUAUUAUUAGAUAAAUUUGAAAAAAUUAAAUCUAUUAAAGUAAAUAUUAUUGAAAAUAAUUACAAAUUAGACUACCAUUCAAAAUCUUGUCUUUCUGAUUUAAUAAAUUUAAAUUUAAAUGAAUUUGAUUAUAAUUUCUAUUCUAAACCAGUUAAAGAUUUUAAAGUUUUUACAAAAUUAAAGUGUCUAAGAAUUGGUAAUUAUAAUUCAACAAUUAAAUUCGAUACAUUACCACCAUCAUUAGAACUUUUAGAAUUAGGUUGUGCAUUUAAACAACCAAUUCAUAUGAAAUGGUUACCAAUCUCUUUAAAAUAUAUUAUAGUUUUAAAUAAUGAAACUCCAAUUUCAAUUAAUUCUUUACCACCAUCAUUAGAAUCAAUUUGGAUUCUUGAUACUCAUUAUCAACUAAAUGAUUUUAGAUUCUUUUUUCCAUUAAUUGGUAAAUUAAAAAUUGUUGAUCAAGAUUUAAUUUGGAAAAUGUUUAAUAAAAUAUUUAAAAAGAAAUAUGAAUUUUAUUUAUAUUAA